CGCCGCGGCGGCGCCUGCGCAGUAGCCGCCGGCGCUUUCCCGCCUUUUCGCUGUGAGGAGAGAAGCGCGGCGCCUCCGCGACGAGGGCGCCGAGGAAGCGGCAGCGCCUUCGCCGCCGCUUUUGCUGCUUCCCCCCUGCUCUGCGCUGAGCCGCCAUGGCGCUGUGCGAGGACCUGCUGCUGUGCAACUACCGCAAGUGCCGGGCCAAGCUGGGGGGCUACGCCUGGGUGACGGCCUGCUCGCACGUCUUCUGCGACCCCCACGGCAGCGGCGAGUUCAGCCGCUCGCCCGCCAUCUGCCCGGCCUGCGGCAGCGCCCUGGCCGGCAAGCUGGACAUCGUGCGCACCGAGCUCAGCCCCUCGGAGGAGUACAAGGCCAUGGUGCUGGCCGGCCUGCGGCCCGAGGUGGUGCUCGACAUCAGCUCCCGCGCCCUGGCCUUCUGGAGCUACCAGGUGCAGCAGGAGCGGCUCUACCAGGAGUACGCCUUCGGGCAGGCGGAGGGGCGGCUGCGGCAAGCGGAGCGGGCCUGCGCCCAGCGGCUGCAGGGCAAGGAGGCGGAGGCGGCGGCGCUGCGCAGCGAGGUGGCGGCGCUGAAGCGGCUGCUGGAGGAGUACCAGGGCAAGUUCAGCGCCCUCUCCGAGCGCCUGCUGGAGCGCAACCGCCAGUACCAGCGGCUGCAGGGCCUCUACGACGGGCUGCGCCUCCGCAACGUGGCCGCCGCCGGGCGCGAGCUGCCCGCCGCCGGCCUGCCCGCCGGCGCGGUCACCGUGGCGACGCCGCCGGGCGCCCUGGGCCCCCUCUUCGGGGCCUCCCCCCCCCCCGCGGGGGGCGGCGGCUUCUUCCCCUUCGGCUCCCCGGGGGGGGGCGAGCCGGCCCCGCCCCCCGGCUGCCCCGCCCCCCGCCGCCGCUAGGGGGCGGGGCCGCACGGAGGGGGGGGUCACGUGCACGUGUGGGUCACGUGAGCGC